AUGCAGCUGCAGGAAGACAUUGGUUGCAUCCUUGGAUUGCAGAUUGAAGUUGCUGCCAUGGAGCUUCGACGGCGGCAAAAUCCUUUCUUGGAAGCAAUCAAUACGACCAAUGACGUCCAGCCAGCAUCAGCACCAGCACCAGCACCACCCCCAGUGGCAUUGAUUACCCCCAAUGAGCAAGUAGCAGUGAGUCAAUCUUCAAGCGUUGCAGACAACCUGUUGCUGGCACUACGAGACACCAUUAGCUCUAGGAAGACUAGAAACACGCCUCUGUUUGAAUUCAUCAAAGGAGGAAACAAAUCAUUCAAGGAAAAAGGAUGGCUGCGACGAGCACUCCUUGACGCUGAUUCAGCAGCUCGAUUCGCCAUUCAAGAACGUGAAAACUACUUUCUUCUGUUGAUAUUCAUGGGGUUAUCUGGCACUGGGCCUGAAGUCGAUGAAAAAUCAAAGCAGGACACAUCUCCAAUGGCGCUGCUCAGUCAAGCUUGGGGCUUUUCAAAGCCGGCGGUUCGAAGAGCUUGCGGCGUUCCAUUAGACGACGACAAUUUUCUUGACUCUCUCCUGCCAUGUGAAGUUAGAAAGCGAAAUAAAUGCGCCUCGAGCUGGACUCCACAAGCGAAAGCGAAUAGAUUGAUCUCAGAAGCCGAGCCAGACGGCUUUGUUUCCCCAGAUUUUGCAGCAACCCGACAAUCCAAAAAACGUGACAUGAAAGCAACCCCCAAUCUGCUGUCAGGAAUGGAAAGCUUGGGGUUGGAAUCUCCCAGAACGCCCACAGUGAUGAGCGCUAUGAGAUUCUUUGGUCGGCAAGACGCAUUUGAUGCAGGUCGCCAGCAGCGCACACGGCUUGAUUUCGGAGAAAGGUCACCUCUUAUCGAGGAGACAGAGGAGCAAUCCGACGCAACCCAAACAGACCCAACUCAUGAAAGCAAAGCGACCCAAACCGAAAUGAAAUCGAGAGUACAAGCAGAAAUAAAAACCCACUCCAUCAGUGGAGACUGCGAGGAAGAGAUUUGUCGAGCUCUUUUCCUCCUCUUUCAGAAGAAAGCAGUGCCAAUUGAUCAGACAUCAAGGACCAAUGAGAAUAAAAUCUUGACCGUUCGGCAAUUCCGGAGCGGAUCGUCCAUGAAGCUUCUCCGAAUUAAACAAAGUCGACGAUGGACAAAGGGAGACGAGCGAGGGAGGAAGAUUAAGCGGAAAGCUCAAUUGGUUGAAACAUUACUUGACAAUUUGGAUGUGUCCGAAAGCGAGCUGCUCUCGAUUCUGAAAAUCGUUGGAAGAAAUCAUUCCCUCCAUGUAUUUGCCGACGAUAGCGAAUGCCGUUUAAGCAUUGAGCAGUGCGCGGCCAUGAUGCAAUACCUUCCGACCACUGUCCGAGGACUUGAACGGCUCUCACGAUUCUUCAAAGCGACACUGUCGAGUUUCGGGGACCAACUCUUUCCAACGAUGCUCAGGAAAAAGCUCGCAAGUUACGCUAUGGAAUCGUUUGAUUUGAAGUUAGGUUUUGAGAUGGUGUCACUUGAAAUUGGCGGGGAAAAGAGAAAUGAGCGGUGCUUACAUGCGUGGGUAAAGGAACCAGCAAAAGUCAUUGAGACGCUGACACAAAGCGCAAUCAUGGCAGGGAAAUUCGAAGAGUCUGCAGCUUUUUGCAAGCACCACAAUCAACUGACUGUCGUUCAAGGAACGGAUCGAGGGGGUGAUAUUACACUUUGCUUAGUGCGUGUCGCCAACCGAAGUGGAGGAAACGCUCCUCAAUACUGUAUCCCUCUCGCAUUCUAUGAAUACGGAAAAGAAAGCUACAGCAACCUCGAAAAGACAAUAUUCAACCCAAGCAAACCAACCAAAAACUUCCUUCAAAAGAUGUUGAAUGGCGACUUCCAAAUGAUCGUGGUGGAAAUCAAUGAAGGCAGCAUUGCAGUAGACGCGCAAUGCUGUAUUCUUGAUUGCGCAACAACGCUCCGGAUCGAUCGACUACCCGACAGCAGCACACUUCGAUUGGAGGCUUACGAAACUCCUCUGCCAAGACUUGUUACGGUUUUCAAUGAGGAAGAAUCGCGGAACAGUGAGGAAAACCCAAGUCGACACAAGCAAUUCAUUCAGCUAGUUGGCAAGGCGAGCAAUGAAGCAACUCAUGAAUAUACGGGGCUUGCUUUGACCAACUGUUUUGGGCGUGAUGUGUUUCAGGCAACGUUUCGAGAACCGCUGCAGAUAACGACGACAAGCUCCGUUCGAAUCAGAUCUCUGCGAAUCAGAGGGAUAACAGCAGAUGACAUCAAAUGCAAUACAGCUGUCAUGGGGCAGGGAACGGCAGGUGUGAUGUGCCCGUGUACGAUGUGCAUUGGGAGAAAGAAAGAGUUCAGCCGAUUCUUAUCUCUGCCAUCGAACCAACAGCCAGCUCUCCGUAAAGGCGACAAUGCAAAUCCAACGUUGUAUGAUGGAUUCGUUGAAGACGCCGGUGGUCGAGUUGAUUGGGUGCGAGCAAACUCUGCAGGCCAAGCAAAGACGCUGAAACUCCGCUAUCACAGUGUCGUCCACCAACCUUUACUCUACACGCCCCCAGAACACAACUCUGGAUCUGGUAUGCAUGUCUCUAGUGGGCUGCUUACUCAUCUAACGAUGCGAAUGUUGGACUUGCUGGGUAAAAUCGAUCGAGAGCUCCCAUGGUUGGAACAAUUGUCACCUCUCAUGGAAGAAGCAAGACGUUUCAGCAUUGCUUCAGUGAAGGAGGCAGAGAAGCUUCGAAGAGAGGACACACGACUACAACGGGAUGCAAAAGCAGCCGAGAGGCUAUCAAUGACUACUAGCCAGCUCAACUCAAUCAGCGCGGACCGAAGUGAACUUGCAAGAAAGCUCAAGACGAAAACCAAAGCAUGCGAAUCGGCAAAGUUGUUUUUGGAGAAAGGAAAUGAUUUUCUAGAUGGGGUUGCGAAGAAAACAAAGAGUCGAAUUGUCGGUCCUGCAACCUAUUGCUUUCGUAAAGCCUAUGAAGUGGACGGCCGAGUUUCAUUUCGUGUGGAGAAUAGUGGAUUUGAGUUGUCAAAUGGCGAUGGAAUACGCGUGCUUGAACGUCGAGAGCUCAUUUCAAAAAGAAUGAAGCAACUCUUUCCCAACAAUAUGCAGUGUCAGUCCAGAGUUGAAGAGAUAAUGGUGCCCUUUCGCAGAUUGACCGAGUUGCUAUACGAAAUUUCCACCAUGAUGAAAUCUCAGCGCCGCUGGUCGGAUGAAGAUGCAACCAAAUUUGAUUCAAUUACUCAACAAUAUGCAAAGCUUUGGUUGGAAUUCAAAAGCGAUAAAGAUGGAAGCUCAAACGGAGAAGAAAUGAAUGUUUUUAAUAAGCUUCACGUCCUCCGUGCCCACCUAUCGGCUUUUGCAACCAACAACCUAAUGCUUGGGAGAUGUUCCGAAGAGGGUUUUGAAUCGGCUCACAAACGCAUCGAAGCAAUCCGACAGCCUCUGGUGUGUAUGACAAGUACCGAGGCGAGAGCCAACAACAUAUUUCGCAGGAUUAUGCUGCAGUGUCGACCGGAAGUUGAAGCCAUACGUCUAUCAAUCGAAGAACGCUUUGGGGGCAAGAAGAGAGCUCCAUACAAGAAGACAACACGAGCACUUAAAUCGGCGGAUAAUGCUCCUGCAGCAACCGAUCAAACGUCCCAAGUCCGUCUUCUAGAUGGCUUUAUCCACUCAAUCAAUGGCUAUGUUAUUAAGCAGGGAUGGAAGGAUCACUUUGAAUAUGUUUGUUUCAGCAAAGUGCCAGCGGCAUGGACGGAACCUUUCUCAAAAGACGAAAGUCUCGGCGGUGUUUACCGAGCCAAUGCUGAAUACAUUUGA